ACGUAAGAUCUCACACAACCGCAUUGUUGUUGGGGGAAGAGAAGCUCGGGCAGCCGCUGAGCUCUGCCGCUUCUAACUGCUUCCAAACAGCCCUAUAUUGAUCAGUAUUUAUCCUGAUCAACUGAUCAAUAACACUCUGAAACUGGCUCCGUCGCCCUGGAUACCUGUCGGCCACUCUCAAGUUUAACUCGGUUCAGCGCGAGCCGCAGCCGCCGUUGGAUGAACGGACUGAAUGUGGAUUUAACUGCCGCUUCGCUCCGCAGGCCGCACCGCCAUUGCUGCUGUUUUUAUAAGCUGAAUUCGUGAUAAUACCGAGGGUCUUUACGGCUUCAAGAUGAAGAAGAAGAGUCGACAUCACAGACCUUCGGUGCUGAAGAGGGACUCGUCUCCCAUCAAGCCGUCGCCCAACCGGGAGACGCUGACGUACGCCCAGGCCCAGCGGAUCGUGGAGCUGGAGGUGGACGGCCGCGUGCACCGGCUCAGCAUCUACGACAAGCUGGACGUCAUCACCGACGACGACCCCACGGCGCAGGAGAUCAUGGAGUGCAACAGCAACAAGGAGAACAACGAGAAGCCCCAGCAGGUCCUGGUGCGCUCGGUGCGCCUGAAAAACAACCAGCAGAAGAAGAACGCGGCGCUCGUGGCUUCGCACGCCGGCGGCGGCGGCACCCCCACCGCAACGCACGGCAGCACCGGCGGCCUGUUGGAGCCGAAGGUUAGAACGGUUGAAUACAACCUGCCGGUGGUGCCGAGGCGGCCGGCGGCGUACUUCAAGUACACGGAGCGGACGGAGGAGGAGCUGGACGACGAGGUGGAGUACGACAUGGACGAGGAGGACUACGCCUGGCUGGAGCUCCUCAACGACAAGAGGAAGAGCGAGGGCGUCAGCCAGGUGUCCUACAACCUGUUCGAGUUCCUCAUGGACCGCUUCGAGAAGGAGUCGCACGCGGCCACGCAGGGCCAGAGCGACCUGCAGUCGCUGGUGGACGAGGACGCCGUCUGCUGCAUCUGCAUGGACGGCGACGGCGCCGACAGCAACGUCAUCCUCUUCUGCGACUCCUGCAACAUCGCCGUGCACCAGGAGUGCUACGGUGUGCCGUACGUCCCCGAGGGCCAGUGGCUGUGCCGCCACUGCCUGCAGUGUCCGUCGCGGCCCGCCGACUGCGUCUUCUGCCCCAACCGAGGCGGCGCCCUGAAGAAGACCGACGACGAGCGCUGGGGCCACGUGGUGUGCGCUCUGUGGGUGCCCGAGGUCGGCUUCUCCGACACGGUUUUUAUCGAGCCCAUCGACGGCGUCAGCAACAUCCCGCCAGCGCGCUGGAAGCUCACCUGCUACCUGUGCAAGGAGAAGGGCGCCGGGGCGUGCAUUCAGUGCGACAAGAUCAACUGCUACACCGCCUUCCACGUCAGCUGUGCCCAGAAGGCCGGCCUCUACAUGAAGAUGGAGCCCGUCAAAGAGGUGACGCCGUCCGGCGGCGCCACCUUCUCCGUGAAGAAGACGGCCUACUGCUGCAGCCACACGCCCGAAGGCUGCGACUGCCGGCAGCUCAACAUCUACGAGGAGCCCCAUCCGAAAAACGGCGCCUGCCACAAGAGGGCCGAAAAGAGGGGGAAGUCCCGGGCCAAGGGCUGGCACAAGAAGAAGAGUAAGAGAGGGGAGCCUGAACCAGAACCGGAACCUGAGACCCCCAACAACUCUGGGCCCAGCAUCACUGCCUCAAGUUUCGACACCAUCCUGAACCAGGUGGCAGUCCAGAGGAAGCGGGUGUUUGUGGAGCGGGUGCUGAGCUACUGGGUGCAGAAGAGGCAGUCGAGGAACAACGUGCCGCUGAUCCGCCGGCUGCAGGCCAACCCUCAUCCGCCCAAAGUCAAGCCAAUGGACCGCGCCGAGUCGAACCAGGCGCUGAAGGAGCAGCUGAAAGAGUGGCACCGCCUCCGCCACGACCUGGAGCGAGCGCGCCUGCUGCUGGAGCUCAUCAGGAAGAGAGAGAAGCUGAAGAGAGAGGAGAUGAAGCUGCAGCAGUCGGCGCUGGAGAGUCAGCUGACCCCCUUCAACAUCCUGCUGAGAGCCGUGCUCAGCCAGCUGCAGGAGAAGGACCAGUACAGUAUCUUCGCCCAGCCCGUCAACAUCAAGGAGGUUGCUGACUACCUGGACCACAUCAAGAACCCGAUGGACUUCUCCACCAUGAGGAAACGCAUCGACGCUCACGAAUACCGGAGCCUGGAGGAGUUCGAGGCCGACUUCGACCUCAUCAUCUUCAACUGCAUGAAGUACAACGCCAAGGACACGUUCUUCUACAAGGCAGCUCAGCGGAUGCAGGACCACGGCGGCGCCAUCCUGCGCCGGGCCCGCAGAGAGGCCGAGAGAAUCGGCUUUGACUUCCCCAGUGGGCUGCAUCUGCCCGAAGCCCCAAAACUGGAGACGCCACCCCCUUUCUCCUGGGAGGACGUGGACCGGCUGCUGAGCCCCGCCUACCGCCGGCUGACCCCUCUGGAGGAUCAGCUGAAGGCGCUGCUGGAGAAGCUGGACCUGAGCACGGCCAUGAAGCACAGCCCGUCCCGCAGCAAGAGGCUCAAACUGCUCAAAAAGACCAUCAUGGAGGUCCGCAGCGAGAUGAGCCUGAAGAAGUCCCUCCGAACGCCGCCACCCGCCCCCCCGGAGCCAAGCCCGCCCCCCGCCGAGUCAGCGCAGAAACCACUACCCGAACUCCUGGCGGAGCCCUGCACGCCUCCGGAGGAGAAGCCUUUACCUCCGCCAACGUUAGAGCUGCUAACCUCACUGUCGCAGCUCGGCAGCUCGCCCGGUGCCUCAGAGCCGCCCCCUCUGAAGGCCGCCAAACCCAGCACGGACCACGCUCCCGUGGAGCUUGGCGGCGACACCGACACGUCUACCUCAGCGCCCGCGCCCAACGGGCACGUGCCAGACCCGCCGCUUCCCAACGGCAACAUCCACACCGAGGCCUCCGGUGCCUGCAACCGACGGAACAACGUCCUCUUCCGCAAGUCCAAGAGCGCCAGCCCCCAGAAACCACCCAAGACCCAGGAGGCGUCCGCCGUGUCGCCGCUGCCCCUGGGCACCAAGACCUUCCUGUCGGUGGUGAUCCCUCGACUGGAGACGCUCCUCCUGCCGAAGAAACGAACACGCAGCAGCAGCGCCGACGACGGCGACGAGGAGGACGAGGAGUCGCCGAUAAAGCGCCUCGGUACAGGAAUAGCAAACGGUUUCGUGGUGGAGGAGGAGGAGGACAUCUCGCCGUCUCCCCGCCUGUUGGAGCCUCGCCGCCGCUGUGCUUCCGAGUCCAGCAUCUCUUCCAGCGGAAGCGUCCUCUGCAGCACGAGCACCGUCAUCGUGUCUAAAAGCGGGAAAGGGCGGUCGCCGGCGGCUCGCCGGAGCACCGUGGACGACAAAAGCACGCUGAUGGCCUGCAUCGACAACGGAGAGUUCCCAAAAGCUGCAAAGAUCUCUCCAGAGGUGUGGAAGCCCUCGGCUGCUUGUCCAUUUGUUCUGGAGCCUCUUAAACUAGUUUGGGCUAAAUGUAGUGGAUAUCCCUCCUACCCCGCCCUGGUGAGUGAGUGCUGGUCCCUCUCUAUGUUUCAUUACCCAUCAGCCCCCUCUGCCAUCGUGCGUGCUGUAGCUCGUGAUUUGUGCUCACACAGCCAUGCGGGAGCUUCCAGCUGGCCGAUCAUGGACUGCUUGUGUGUGUGUGUGUGUGUGUGUGUGUGUGUGUGUGUGUGUGUGUGUGUGUGUGUGUGCGUGUAUGUGUGUGUGUGUGCAUGCUUGUGCCUUCUGAGUGCUGGCUUUUUGCUCUGCGGCUGCCUGGCCCCACCCCCUGUUACUGUGAGGAGGCGGCUUCACUCAGUCUCCAUCCCGCUGUGUUUUUUUUUUUUUUUUAUUGGCCCGUCACAGAUCAUGGACCCCAGAGCGCGGAGGACGGGGUGUCAGCACAACGGGGCGGAGCUUCCCCAGCCGCCGCCGGACGUUCUCAAAGCCGGAGAGCGGAUGCAGUUCAGGUCCGCAGAGAAACUCUUCCUCGUCCACUUCUUCGACAGCAAGCGCAGCUGGCAAUGGCUUCCUAGAUCCAAGAUGGCUCCCUUCGGGGUCAACCAGUCGCUCGACCAACUCAAGCUGAGGGAGGCUCGCUCCUCCUGCAUCCGAAAAGCUGUGCGGCUCGCCUUCGACCGAGCCAUGAACCACCUGAACUGUGUCAGCGGCGGGCCGGAGCCGAGCACCGGCCUCGCCGUCGCAAACUGAACCCUUCUCCCCCCCCCACCCCUCCCUAUGAAAUCCUCCCAUUAUCCAUCUCUCCUCUUUUUGCUUUUUGUUAUGAAAACCAUCACAACAGACAGAGAUGCUCAGUUUCUGCCUCAUACGCACAACAAACACACAUACUUGUCAUGUUUACCAUUUCCUGCAAACUGGAACUGGAUCGUUUUCAUGUCUCAUCCCCACACACACACACACACACACACACACACACACACACACACACACCCUCUCCCCCCCUUGUCCGAAAUACUGUAGCUUGUGACGUCCAUCUUGUUUUGUCAAAGAGCUAUGCAACGAAAACGACUCGGUUAGCAGGUGCAAGAAGUUAUAGAAGUUAAAUAAUUCAAACCUGGGCUGUGAGGACUAAAAAAAAAAAUCACAGGUCUAAACCUGUUGAAUGUGUCAGUUUGACCUCUGACCUCCUUAAAAAUGUGCUGCAAGACUGCUGCAACAAUCUCACUGCCAUGAAAAUGUCCAUCAGUGUGCGUGUGUGCGUCUGCAGCAGCUCCUGUAAAUAUCCUGUACAAGGCCUGACACUAAUUUAUUCACUCCCUCAGUUUGUCCUUUUUGUUGGUACAUUUGGUGUUCACAUAUUUAUACAGUCGGAGGUGACGAUCCACUGACGGUGUCGGUGUUUCUGCUGGUGCUAUCUCUACACGGAGAAAAAAAACAAACAUGCAUACUGUAACGAACAUUUCAGCUCCUUUUUUUUUUUUUACGGUUUUUGUAAGUUAUUGAGUUCUCAAGCUUCAAGUUCUCUCAUCUUUGGCAUUAAUUGUUUUUGUGUGUUUGCUUCUUUUUUUUUUUUUUAACCUGAAUGUUUUUACUGGACUACUUUUUUUUCUUUUCUUCAUUUGUACAUAUUUAUAUAAAAUCUAUAUAGAUGCUCUCAAAGUUUAAAAUGCCUAAAGUGCAUCAUUCACACCGAAACCAAAAAAUCUGCUGCCCACUAAUGUUUUUUUUUUUUUUUUUUUUUUUUUUUUUACAGUUUUUCAGGUUUUUAGCCUUUUUGUUUGUGUGCUGUGAUGAGUUCAAGUCCUCUAUAAAACGUCACAGAAUCAUCUUUUCCACCUGAUCAGAGCUACAGUCGGCUGUAGGAGAGAAGAGAAUGUGCCUGUACUAAUUUAUUGUAAAGCAGAAAAUGUAUAUGCAUUACUUUAUAGAGAGAGUAUUGUAAGAAAAAUACUGCGGGCACACGAGGGGGCCAAAUGUAGAGGCCCUUCCUCUUCUGUUUUUGUGAGUUUUUAUUUUUUGGAUUAAUAGCAUUAAAUCUGGGAGGUGAGGUGAUAGUGUUGAUGUUUUUAUUUGGGCAGGGUAGCACUGGGUAGACUUCCUAUUUAGUUUGGCCCCUCUGGAUGUGGAUGUUGUGUGUAAAUAGAUUUGGUACUUUAGCUGAUUCUCUGGGAAAAACCACAGUUAUAGCCAACGGGAGUGGAAACCAGCCGACAGCAGGCCGGUGGGAUUUUUAUACUAAAACACUGAAAAAUUAAAUAUGUUAUUGAAUCACUGA